CCCAAUGACAGAUCAUAAAGUGGAAGGCUGCGUUGACCUCCCCCCGGAUUCACCUCUAAUGAGAAGCCAUGUUUCGGUCUCUGAGACGCGUUCAGCAGUUUAACUGCAAACUCCUGACUUUACAAAGAGUCAGCGACAGCGCGAAGCUCCACGUGUGCACGUCCAGAAUGGCCAGCUCAGAGUACAGGAUCGAGCGGGACUCGUUUGGCGAGCUCAAGGUCCCCGCUGACAAGUACUACGGCGCCCAGACUGUCAGAUCCACCAUGAACUUCAAAAUAGGGGGACCAAGUGAGAGAAUGCCAAUCCAAGUGAUCAAAGCCUUUGGUGUCCUGAAGAGAGCGGCCGCUGAGGUUAACAAGGAGUUCGGCCUGGACCCAAAGAUAGCAGAUGCAAUCAUCCAGGCAGCAGAUGAGGUUGCAGCUGGUAAACUGGACGAUCAUUUCCCUCUGGUGGUGUGGCAGACUGGAUCUGGGACUCAAAGCAACAUGAACGUCAACGAGGUAAUCAGCAACAGAGCCAUUGAGAUCCUAGGAGGAACACUAGGCUCUAAGGAUCCCGUCCACCCCAACGACCACGUCAAUAAGAGUCAGAGCUCCAAUGACACCUUUCCCACUGCCAUGCACAUUGCUACCGCCACAGAGGUCCACCACGUCCUGCUGCCCGGCCUGGAGAAGCUGCACGCCGCUCUGGCCGCCAAGUCCGAAGAGUUCAAAGACAUCAUCAAGAUCGGACGCACACACACCCAGGAUGCCGUGCCGCUCUCGCUCGGGCAGGAGUUCAGCGCCUAUGUCCAACAGGUGAAGUACAGCAUCGCCAGAGUGAAGGCCGCCAUGCCCAGGGUGUACGAGCUGGCGGCGGGGGGCACGGCAGUCGGGACGGGACUCAACACACGCAUCGGCUUUGCCGAAAAGGUGGCUUCCACCAUUGCUUCUCUCACGGGCCUGCCGUUUGUGACCGCUCCCAACAAGUUUGAAGCUCUGGCGGCCCACGAUGCCCUGGUGGAGCUGAGUGGAGCGCUGAACACGGUGGCUGUCAGCAUGAUGAAGAUCGCCAACGACAUCCGCUUCUUGGGGUCAGGACCCCGUUCGGGCCUGGGAGAGCUCAUCUUACCAGAGAACGAACCAGGAAGCAGCAUCAUGCCGGGCAAGGUGAACCCCACGCAGUGCGAGGCCAUGACCAUGGUCGCCGCCCAGGUAAUGGGAAACCACGUGGCCGUCACCAUCGGAGGCAGCAACGGCCACUUUGAGCUCAACGUCUUCAAGCCCAUGAUGGUCAAGAAUGUGCUGAACUCGGCUCAGCUCCUCGGAGACGCGUCCGUCUCCUUCACCAACAACUGUGUGGUGGGCAUCGAGGCCAACCGGGAGAGGAUCAACAAGCUCAUGAACGAGUCCCUCAUGCUGGUCACCGCUCUCAACCCACACAUCGGUUACGACAAAGCAGCCGCCAUCGCAAAGACGGCUCACAAGAAGGGCUCCACGCUGAAGGCCGUGGCCGUGGAGAUGGGCUACUUGACGGAGGAGCAGUUUGACCAAUGGGUGAAGCCGAGCGAAAUGCUGGGGCCAAAGUGAACUCUGACAGCACGAGAAACGCUACGGAACAAAGAAAAUACCCGUCUGUAGUCUGAGAAAAGAUUACUCCCUAUUAAAUCAAAGAGGUUGAACUUUAUGAAACAAACGUGGAGACCCUGAACAUCUCAUCUCUUAAUACAUAUAUAUUGUUGUUGUUGGAUGCAGCUUCUUACGGUUUUGCAUACUGUGUUCAACCUUCACUGAAAUGCACUCGUUAGUGCUGUUAAAACGGUGGAUUCACCCAUUUGAUUGACAGUGUAAAAUGUGUGUAUUUGUUUACCAACUAUUUAAAGUCGUAAACACUUUGACUGUUAGUUGGUACCUUCAGGGUCGUUCAGGUGUUCACAUUGUGCCAUCCCAAAUGAUUCAACAUGCUUUGUGUACCUUGUGUGCUCUGGUUUACAGCAUGCGUGCCAUAUGUGCAGCGUCCCAGUUCAAUUAAAAUAUGUAUUGAUUUAAAAACCAA